ACACAGCGGUAAUUUGGAACUCGAAAAGGGCCUAUUGUUCUGGAGGACAAAACAAUGGAUCUUUUUGAAGGCUUUUAUUUUGUCCCCCAGAACAAUUCCUCUAGGAAAUCAAUGCAAGGGGUCUAUUUAGCAAAUAGAUCAGUCUUAGCUAUGUUCUGUUCUCUGAUAGGACACGACUGGAGCUGUAGGACCCGAAAAAAGUUAUAGAAAUCACGAGUCGUUGGCGAUUUUUGCGAGAAAAAUUUUAGAUUUUAGAAAAUUAGAUUUUUACGAGAAAAAUAGCGUAAACUUGUAAAAGCUGUUUUAUCUUUUUUAAAUAUCGUAAGUUUUUUAGCAAGAGUUCUGGGUGUCCUUUCCUAUUCAAGGCUCUAGAUAUUGGUAGGAGGGAAAACGAGUAGCUUUAGGUACGAGUCAGCUGUGAGCUGGCUUUAUUUUUAAUAGUGUUUUCAUGAGAAAGACAGCAUCACCUGUUGUACCACAGGUAGCCCAAGCAAUGCAUUUGUGGUGUGUAUGGUGUGCAAAUGUAUGGGACGAAAAUAUGUAUGUUUGAAAUAUGUACUUUUAAAAAAGGUAAACAGACCUUGCUCCUGUGUUGUUGUUAAUGGUAUUUAACGUCAUUCUGAGUGUUUUUUAGCUGUUUUAGAGCAGUUAAAAAACUUAAGCUUAGGCUACCAAUAAAUAAACUCACAAGUCUCAUUCAUGUCAGUGACAUCCUUUGUUCCCUUGCACGCAAAGGUGGCCGCCUUAUGAUGUAUAUAUGAUUUAUGCUCAAGUGUUGAGUACAGUAUACUUAUAACUUCAAAAACCCUCAGGUUAAACUCAUUUAUAUUUUGAAAUUGGUUUGUCGCUCCAGGUGGAGUGACUACAUUGAACUCUCACGAUACCGACUGAUAAAACUUGAUGAUAAUCGACUCACAUACGCACAAUCGUACACGUACACUACUUUCCCUACCGCAAUUCCCUGACAAUUUUCACGUAUGGAGAAUAACAAUAACAGUAACCAAAGAAGCCUGAGAGAAAAACUUUUAGACAGGCAUUUAUGGAUGUGUUUCACGGCCGAGUUCUUUGGCACUUGUGUUUUUGUGUUCACGGUUUGCGGAGCGACAUUUACUAGUACAAGGUCUCCCAACCCAGUCUACGUCUUUCAAAUUGCAUUGACUGUUGGGCUUAGUGUUGCGACCCUUACUUCAUCUCUUGGACAUAUCUCUGGAGGACAAUUCAACCCUGUUGUUACUAUUGGAUUAAUGGUAUCAAGAAGGAUUCGUCUUCUCAACGGACUGGUGAUUAUCGGUGCACAGUUCUUAGGAGGUAUUCUUGGAGCUUCUUUUCUCUACGGUUUGACUGUCAGCGAGAAAAGUACAUCCUUUGGAGUAACUAUGCCUUCGUCUAACAUCAACCUUGGCCAGGCAGUAGGGAUAGAAGCAUUUCUCACAUUCCUUCUGGUAUUUACCAUCCAUUCUGUCACAGACCCCAAGAAAUCGCAGGGUUGUUCUGAGUAUGGUGCCCCGAUAAUCAUUGGGUUCUGUGUUUGCAUUUGUCAUAUGAUAGGGAUUCCUUUCACUGGGUGCAGCCUUAAUCCUGCGAGAUCAUUCGCACCAGCUUUGAUAAACAAUUCAUGGAAACAUCAUUGGGUAUACUGGAUUGGACCUAUUCUUGGCGCAAUUCCUGGUGCAUUACUCUACGAAAAAGUAUUUUCAGUAAACAAAAACGAAGUAUCACCAGCAGCAGCGUCCAAAAGAGAAGAGGAUCAUAAUCUUUAAACGACUGAAAUAAUCCUGAACUAUUUUCCCGCAACAAAAGUAUUAUUAAGAACAACGCAACUUCGAGUUUAAAUAGGAUUUAGCAGUGGCAUUUCCAGAGUCGCCCUUCAUCCACUGAAAUUCCAAUUGGAAUUUAUAAAGCUGAUUUUUGCGUAGGAAAGAAAACUAGAAAUAAACCCUUAAAGCACAGGAGAGAACCAACAAACAACUCUACUCACAUGCGACGAGUCCGAGAAUCGAACCCGGGUCGCAUUUUGAGCGUUCUCAACGCUACGCCACCCCGUGCUUCCUGUUAAAGUUGAGUUUUGCAGAAUUUAUGAAAGAGUUGCUACUAUCAUCAGUGUGAAGUGAACUAAAAGCUCAAUGACAAUAUGAAAACAAACUUCUGUGCAACUUACUGUAUGAUAGCAAGAGAAAAUGAACAAUUAUAAGACAUUUUCUCUUGAUAAUAGCCGUUAAGAUAUGCCGGACAGAGGAGAAAAUAACGCCAGCCGCACAGUUUUUUUUAUCACAGCCAAUUACACCAUUGAGAAACGGUCUUUUUUUAAAAUAUGCAUUUUGAAACAGAAAUUAUUGUAAAUACUGUACAGCUGUAAGUAUGGAAAACUAUUAAAUGAGCAAAAAUACGAGAGCUCAGCUAUCAGUACAUUGCCCGGAAGGCAGUUGUCAAGCUACGCCGAUGCUAAUUACUCAUAAAGGAUGGUUUUUUCUCGUUUUGUCUCUUCUAAGACUGAUAAUUUUGAACGUUUGUUUUAACCAAGACCUAUCAUUCAGCUCUUCAUAAAUAUCGCUAGCUUUACAUUUGGUCUUUCCAAUCCCACAUAUGCAUUAGAGAGCAAUGAUGAUAUAUAUAGACCCUUUUAAUAAAUCCUACAAUGAAUGCUUUCUUUUUCGCUUUUGACGUCAAAAAGAAAAAAAAUCGACGGCAAAUGCGGAAAAUAAGGAUAGGAUUUAUUAAAAGGGUGUAUAAACCGUAUCUUUAGUACCUUAUUUGUUGUUAUGUCUGUACAGUUCUUUACCUGAUUAUUGUCGUAGUUUGCUCUCAUUGCCAUUCUGCGCUAUAUGUGCCGUUCUUGACUGCAUGUCUGUGCUAUUUUUUUACUAUAAUCUCAGUAUGCUGUUCUUUGCUGUUCUUUACUUCUGUGCUACGUGUACAAUUCCUGAUUGUCUUUGCUGUUUGUUAGCGCUAUUCCUGCUGUGCUUUGCCAUCCUUGCUACUUUGCUCAAUAUAUACCAUUCUCGACCG